AGUGUGGCAUCACCUACCAGUUGUUGUUUGUGAGGAUUCAUAACAGCCCUCGGUACAUCGGCGACUUCACUCUAUUCAUCUGGUGCUUGCGAGAGUCUUCUUUCAACGUAAACAGCCAAAACACACACACACACACAUAGACCUGCUUGCUGUUCUUAGUUCACGGCUGUCCUGACAGCAGUGUGUUUACGCGUGCCUUUCAGCAGCGAUAGGUUUCAUUUUUUGCUUUGCCGCCUUCUUCGUCUCCUCCGCUUUCUUCCGCGCCGUAUUGACCACCAUGCAGUACCAGGGCAGCGUGAUGUUACCGGCUGACGCCGAGAUCAGCAUUCGCCAGCUGCGCUCCUUCCCAAUGGAAGAAGUUGGCACGUCUGCGUGGAAGGACCAGCGGGAGUCGCUGGAGCGCCUGAACAUGUGCACGCACAGCAACGCCGUACAAAAAACGGACGACUUUGUGAAGGCGUUUCUGCUAGAGCACGACAAGCUGAGCGACGUGUUGCAUGAGUUACUUGUGAUGGAGGUGUGGCGCCAGCGUGUGCUGCCGAGCAUCACAGAGGCGGUCGCGCACAACCCCACUGCCACAUACAUGUUUUGCGCGUACGAGUCCGUGCUAGUAAAUCUGCUGGAGUGUAUUUGCUUUUACGAGGAAGUCGUGCUAGGCUUCGGCGACGAUGUGCUAGAGCUCAUCGACUACUGCUGGCGGCAGGUGGCGCGUCUUUUCUCUGAAAAGGAUAUCAAUGCAAUACUGGCACCGCCGGUUGUGUCGACAGAUGCCAGUGGCGCACGCACACCAGGCUCAGAAGACCCCGUCGUCCACCUCCAGCAGCAGCUGCGUGAGCAGCGCAUUGCACGGGCCAUGAGUUGCAUCUCCCUCUUGUGGUUUGUCGUGGACCGCCUGGACGGUCUGCCACUCUCCGCGAUGAACAGCGUCCUGCGCAAGAACGACAUCCCUGUUGGGGUGGCAGAGGUGCUGCUGCUCCAGCCGUGGCUGCGCCGCUCGGGCAGCGAGGCGCAGAAGUUUCAAAGCGGCACCUUCGCGCCGGCGCCGGGCAACGAGGUGCAGCGUGUGUGUGUGCCGGAGGCGCAUGCGUGGUUUUGCUUACACAAGCUGCUGUGCGACGCGGAGUGCCGUCGGCAGUACCCGUACACGCAGCACAAGAAGGCCACGCUGCUGCGCGUCCGCUCGCUGCUGAACGAGACGCUAUUGGAUCAAAUUCCCUCCCUGCAAGACGUGCAACGUGCGUUGGAAGAGCUGUCCUUCAUGGAGCCGCCCACCGGGACUGAGGAGAAGUUCAAGAGCACGCUGAUUAUUGAGCAGGUGCCGCGGCUGAUGUCUGCCAUAGACGCGCCGUCGGCGAAUUGGUCCGCGGAGGCGCAGCGGAUGCGGCGGCUGUUGUCGGAUCGCAGUGAAGCCGUGAGCGAUGCGAUGCGCAUGUCGCACCUGUUCGACCUCAUGUUUGCGGAUCACCAGUGA